GCGCCCGUAUCAAGGUCGGCUCCCUGGAAGCGAGCUUGCGCGCGUGCAUGCCCAGAAGGGGAGCCAGGGACAAGGCCAGACAAGCGGCUCCUCGGCGUUGCAGGCCGGAAUUGGCGACGGAGAGGCGGGCCCCGAAAAGCCCGGCGGCGGCGCGGCGGCUCCUUCGUCAAGCGCGCCAGGGCCCCGGUUGGCAGCGGCAAGCAUUGGCGGCGAAGGUUAGUAUGGCGCCGGGCCGGGUGACUCGGCCGCGCUCCGCCGCUGCGCUUUGCCGGAGCUCCAGCUCUCGCUGCAGGCUGCACAACCGCGGAGCUGGCAGCCCCCUCUCGGGCCGAGCAGCAGCACAUUGGAGAGCGAGGUUGGCGAGCGGACGCCCCUUGCGCGUCACGCAGAUCCCAGACUUGCUGGAUCCCCGGACGUUUUGCAGCAGCGGCUGUUGGCGUUGCUGCUGCUGCUGAACUAGCGCGGGGAAGCAAGCCAGAGCUGACGUCUCAACCUCUCCGCCGCCGCCGCUGCCUGUCAAGCUUCUGUUUACCCCUUGUGGGAAUGCGACGGUGUGCGCUCUGCGCAUGUUCGGAGACGCUCUUUUUAAUCACGUGGACCAUGCUUUCCGGGAGGGGACCCUGCCGCUGAGUCGGCAUAGAGGAGGGGAAAUGGUUAGAAUGGGAAAGGAAUGGGCAAGCGCGCAAAGGGAAAGUGGUGCACGUCAAGGGUCGUGGGUGUCUGGAGAAGGUCCCUUCUUAAUAGCAGAGUAUGCUUCUUCAGCUAAAAAGGAUCAGAUAGCAGCUAAUACCAAAAGGCCAUCUUCGAGAGACUCUAGAACAGUGGUUCGCAACCUUUUUUUUGGCCGUGCCCCACCUAGGUAAAGGUAAAGGGACCCCUGACCAUUAGGUCCAGUCGUGGCCGACUCUGGGGUUGUGGCGCUCAUCUCGCUUUAUUGGCCGAGGGAGCCAGAGUACAGCUUCUGGGUCAUGUGGCCAGCAUGAUUAAGCCACUUCUGGCGAACCAGAGCAGUGCACAGAAACGCUGCUUACCUUCCCACCAGAGCGGUACCUAUUUAUCUACUUGCACCUUGAUGUGCUUUCGAACUGCUAGGUUGGCAGGAGCAGGGACCGAGCAACAGGAGCUCACCCCGUCGCAGGGAUUCGAACCGCCGACCAUCUGAUCGGCAAGUCCUAGGCUCUGUGAUUUAACCCACAGCGCCACCCGCGUCCCUUAUGCCCCACCUAAGUAUCUCUAAAAUCCUGCUGCCCUGCACCCGUGACAUAUAAUACUUAUUAAUUUUUUUUAAAAGCGAACUCCUAAUCACGUGGAGGAAGCCUAGAAGACCAUGAACUUGGUCUAAACAUUCUCGAAUUGCCCCCCUUAAAAAUCAAAUUGCCCCCCUGGGGGCAACCACAGCUCUAGAAAGUGCAAGGUGGAACAGAGUCCUGCUGGGAAGUUUUCUGCCCUCAAAAUCCAAACUUAUAGCCAAGCAGCCCUGUGUGCCCCACAGUCAUAUUUACAGAGGCUUCCUGAAGUCUUUCUGUUAGCUCUGCUUGCCCUUCACAGGUGCGGAUGCUACAGCCAGUCACAAACAUGACGAACAGGUACCAUUUUUCACAAUGCCGGGCUACAUAGGCAUAUUGGAGUCCUGUAUGCCUGCCAGUAACCUGUAUUUAUGCUGCUCUUAGAACCUUCCGGACAGGUGUUUAUUGUGGGGUGGUGUCCCUCAUUCUGGCGCAUCGUUUUCAGACACCACAUAAUAUUGACAUAAAAAUGGCAGCCUGUAUUUUUCCUUUACUUAAUCCAGAUUUACCUUUUCUAUAAAAGAGCACUACCUUUAAAAAAAGAAGAAGAAGCUAUUGCUAACACCCCAUUUGCAAUAGUAAGCCUCUGCCUGGAAGCAUUCCUGGUCUCUCCACACAUAUCCACUACUACAGGGAUCAAGGUAUCACAGUCUAAAAUGGGUGUACCUAGGGGUUGGUUAGGUUGGCCCCCACCAAGGAUGUUAAAAUCACACCUCUACUCUGGCUCCAUCACAGCAGCCCUGUGGGGGCCCCUCACCAGUCAGAUGGCACUACUAGCUCCUUGCCAAGGUUGCAAAGGAGCCUAGGUACACCUGUGGUCUAAAGUACCAAAGUUUCUGCUCCACAGCUGCACUGUAGGAAUACUUUGGAGGGACUUCCUCACUAUAAAUGCACCAAGUUUAAACCUCUAGGAAACAAGAAGCUCCAUGCCUUCAAACUGAUCAGUAGAUUUCCAGUACUCAACUACCUACUUGGAACAGUGUUUUUGUCAAGCGUCAGUAUCAGUCUUGUGAAUACAUUUCCUUUCUCUCUUGCUUGUUCUGUGUGAACACAGUUGUUGUUUUUCCAUGCCAGCUUCCUACACAAACCUAUUUGUCAACACUAAAUAGGAAGGAUGCAAAAUUAGAUAAUACAGUCCUUCUGUAUGGUAACAAGUCUUGGAUUAUUGUGGGUGGAGGUGGGGAUACUCUCUUUGCAGCAGGGAAAUCGUUGCUAUAUGGAAGAUCAUUUGCUGCUGCAGUGAAUAAUGAAAUGAGGAUUUUAAUUCCCGCCCCUCAACAUAAAUACGUAGAAUAAUUUUUAUGUACAAAGGAAAAAUGUUCAAGGAGAUGGAGCAUAAAGAACUACUUCCAUAAAAUUGUUUGCAAUUUGUAAAGCAGAUAGUAGAACAUAACUGUGUUUUCUCAGCUGAUACAGACUUAUUUUCUAUGAAUUCAAGAAAAGAGACCGCUCAGCAUCCAAGCACUUUUGAAUCUUUUGAUUCUCUCAGCACAGGCAUGCACACGGAUUCAUUGUUACAUUUUAACUAAAUGGAUCCUGGUUUAUUUUUACAAAAGGGAAGCUUCAAACAUUAGGUUAAGUAUUUUUUUGCUAGAAUAUGUGGUUGUGUUGAAGGUAGAAAGCUAGGAAAUUGGGAGGGGAAAUCAGUUUGGCUGCAGUGCUAUGUACACCUGGAACUUACUCCCAUUGAACUUUGUAGGACAGACUUCUGAGUAGACAGGCAUAACACUGUUUGAAAACAUUUUGAAAGACUGUUUUCUGUUGUUCUUUCUCAAGACAGGAUCUUUUCUUCCAGUCUGAUGUGCUGAGGCAUCCCAUGACUGCUUGCAGUGUGGAUAUAUACAGCUAAAGAAACAAAGGUGGGUUCUUGUAAAGAUUGCACAGUUGUCAUGCUUCUAAGUCUGUUUUAUCUUUGUUUCUGCCUAGAAGUAACGGGGGAAAUGAAGGUUGCAGUUAUCCCUCAACUGCUUUCAGAUGGAUAAAAUAGAAAGAAGCAGAACAUGCAGCUUCUAUCACCUGUCCUCUACCUUCUCAAUUCACUGAUUAUAAUAAAACUCUGAUUUACUUACUUUAAAGCGGGGCUGAAUUGUGACUCAACUGAGAUCUGGUUCAUGUAAGAGAUCUGAGCAUGCAGCAAAUUCAAAGCCAAUUACUUCUGACUUUGUGGGAAAGCUUCCAUUUAAUUACAGCCGGAUCAAUUCUCAGUGUUUGAUGAAGCGAACAGACAAAAAUAUCAGUUGCGUGUUGAAAAAUUGAUCUAACCGCAAGAGAAAAGCAAUUGGACAAUGACUCUGUUGCACAGCCAAUUAAAGUGUAGUUUGACUUUUCUGUGUGCUGAUAACCAAUUUGGGGGUUGUGUGGCUCAUCUUUUAGAAACUGACCGAGUAGUAGUGUUUGUAGGACCGAUUAGACUUUUGAGGAAUUAACCAUAGAAAGAGGAGAAAAUAUCAUACUAAUCAGUGCAAUACUACCAAGUAAUAUGCCGCCUUAUUUAUUCCUCAUGCGGAAGGUAACUUUGAUAUUGAAAACAGGCCCAUCUGUUUACCAGCAAUUCAGGGGAUUUGAGAGAUCUAUUGUCUUAGCGUAGCUUCAGAUGUUUGGGGGCAGAAAAUGGGAGAGUCAUAGAUGCAUCAUGUAGGUUCAACUUUGGACAUCUAAACAACCAUGAGAAAGGAAGGCAAAACCUUUGCUUUUUAAGAACGUACAAAUUAGCCACUCUUAAACCAACCUUUCCUUUGUGUAGUAUUGUUAACUGAUUUUUGCUAAUUUUAUCUAACACUGCUUUACUCUUAUGUGUUUCCAAUGCAGCUGAGCACAAAGAGCAAGAUCCAGCUCACGUCAAGCACCUUUAAGGCACAUCUACUUCAAUUGGAGUGUUUUGGUAUGUUUAUGCUAUGACAGCUACCCUUGCUCUUAUCAGUAUGAGCCACAUAGUGGCAUGAGAAUAUUUAGGAAUUUUGAAUAAACAGAACUAAGCUAAAGAUCUAUUACUUGUAUGGCUUCCCCCUUUUUCUUUCGUAGUCAGCCAAACCUCAAUAAGCAAAGCUAAUCAGAUCAGCUUAUACAGAAAUAAUGCAUUACAUAUCAAUGUCCCACUGGCAAAACUAGUGCCAUAGAUUUUGUCAGUGCUCUUUUAGAGUGUUUAUAGUGAUGUUUUUAAAUAGCAUAAUAAAAAAAACUGUUUCUUUUUAUUUUAACCAUUGUCCAGUUUAUCUGGAGGCCAAGUCCGGUGCUUGACGAUUUAGUCAUGAAUUACUCACGAUUCAUUACUGCAGUCAGUGCUGCAAGAACAGCAUCUCCGAUAAGGCUCCUCAGUAAGUACAUACUUUGUCGCUUGAACCAGAACCUCUGAUUUUCCUCAGGUUGUUCAUAUGAUUUUGUGGUAGGUAGCCCUAUAGGUGUAGAAAGCAAGAACCCAGCCCGGCUGAGUUGGGGGAGCUCCUUGCCACUAUAUGUGGGCAGCAUAUAAAUGAGCUCACCAAACUAUCAGCCUAUGUGGUUUGACACCACAGGUGUGCAGAGCAAGAACAGAAGGGCCAACAGAGGCACCCAUAUGCCCUAAACAAUGCUCUAAGCCAGCUUUUCCCAACCUGGGGGCCCUGCAGCUGCUCAACUCCAACUCCCAUCAGACCCAGCCAGCACUGGGAGUUGUAGUCCAAAACAUCUGGGAGGGCCCCAGGAUGGGAAAGGCUGCUCUGAGCUACCAGAGGAUCAUUUUACAGUGUUGGAAGAGACCUGGUCCAACCCACAACUCAGUUCAGGUUCUGCAACACAGGACGCAGCUGCAGCAUUCCUAUGACCAUCCAACCACUGCUUAGCAUCUCCAGCAAGGAGCCCAUUACUUCCUCUGUCCCACUGUUGUAUGGCUUUUAUCUUUAGGAAGUCUGCCUCUGUAUACAGUGGUACUUCGUAUUACAGACGCUUCAGGUUACAGACUCUGCUAACCCAAAAUUAGUACCUCGGGUUAAGAACUUUGCUUCAGGAUGAGAACAGAAAUCGUGCAGCGGCAGCGGGAGGCCCCAUUAUCAAAAGCGGUACCUCAGGUUAAGAACAGUUUCAGGUUAAGAACGGACCUUCAGAACGAAUUAAGUUCUUAACCCGAGGUACCACUGUAACCAGUUGCUGAGAAUAGUUGAUGGGCAGAGUGCUGUUGCACUCAUGCCUUGAUUGCUGACUUCCCGAAAACGUCUGGCUGGCCACCGUGAGAACAGGAAGUUGGACUUGAUGGGCCAUUGGCCUGAAUCAGCAGACUCUUCUGACAUUCUCCUGCUCCUUAGCCCAAAUCUGUAUCCCUACAGUUUUCACCGAUUGGUUUGCCCUUCAGAGCAGCAGGGAACAAGUCUGUUCCAUCUCCUGCAAGGCAGUUCUUUAUAUAUUUGGAGACUGCUGUCAUCGCCUUCACCUGAUCUUCUCCACAUGAUAAACAUAUAUCCAGCUGUUUCAUUGGUUGCUCACAGGACUUCCUGACACCGCACCAGUAGAAGCUUGAAUAACACUCUCUUUUCUGAAUUGUUCCCCCACCCACCACUAGGGAGAGGUCAUGGCUCAUUCACACACUUCAUAUGCAGAAGGCCCCAGCUUUCUGCUAAUGUUUAUAGAGGUUUCUUUUAGAUUUGAAUGAGCUUCUUGGUUAUACAGUUUUCCCAUUUUUCUGCAUUUUACUUUUGUUACCUGCCCAGACAGCUUGGCCUAGAGUAUGUAGGAAAUCUAAAUAAGUAAAAUGAGGAGGGGGUUAAAAGGAAGUAUCUGCUGAUACAGGAUCUUAAGUUUCAUUCUUCUCUUUUUGCUUUUCUUUUACUUUAGCGGAAUUGAUGCAGAGGUCUCCUCCAUCACUGAUUUCUCUGGCUGGAGGGGCACCAAACCCCAAUACUUUCCCCUUCAAAACUGCUAGCAUUACCAUUGGAGAUGGAACAACGGUUGAAAUUGGGGAAGACUUGAUGAAGAGAGCUCUCCAGUAUUCAGCCUCUGCAGGGUAUUUUACAGAUUUCGUGGAUCCAAGUAGUGUUUUUGAAAUAGCAAGAGGAGGGUUGCAAAUAAAUGCUGGCCAGAGAGGCACAGUGUCCCAAGUGCACAGAGUACCACCACAGGAACCCUCUUCCCUGUUGCUGGUGAAAAUUUAUACUAGUAGCAAGGGAACAGGGAAGCUUUUAUGGAAGUGGCAGCUCUAUGGGUAGGCCUUGGAUAGGGUGCCCCUUGCAUCUGAAGAAGCAAGACAGUGGUGUAAGACAGUGGUGGCUAACAUUUCUGGCCAGGCAGUUGCAUCCAUUCUUGUUCUCCCUCUCCCAAUUGCUCGAGGCAAAAAUAUUUUCAACCAAGAUCUAAAGUUAGAUCAAUAAAGGAUGAGAAUCUUGAAAGGGGACAUGUAAUGCAUUAUUAUGAGGAGCUUAUUGAUGCAACGAUUUGAAAGAGAAAUGUUUGCUUAGCAUUCCAGAGCUAUUAUCCUGGCUGAAGGAUUUGCAGAAGAAUCUUCACAACCCUCCAACUGUUGAGUAUCAGCCUGAAAAGGGGGAAAUGGAGUUGUGUGUCACCACCGGCAGUCAAGAAGGGUUGAGUAAAGUAAGACAAAAGCAAUAUAUGUUGAAGGUUAUGAUCAUUAUUCCCUGUUUUCCUCAAUGCAAUGCAUUGUUACCUUGCAUUUCAAAGAUUCAACUACUGGCUGGUAGAUAAAACACACUAAUAUUGACCUAAUAUCUUAGGAUCCAUACAGAUGUACUUUUAAUAUGGUGUCAGCAUAGUUCUUACCUCCUAAACGUUUAACUCAGCUUUACCUGAAUUCUUAUCUUCUAAGGAUUCCUUUGCCAACUGAGGUUGCAGUCCUAACUCCACUUACUGGGGGCAAGCCCAGGUGAAUUCAACAGGACUUAAUUCUGAGUAGGCAGUCUUAGGAUCGCACUGUGGGAAGUCUGCCAUGCCACUUCUCCAGAGCUCUAGCUGAAGAAGAUUAGAUACAUCUGACAAGAACAACUUGCAUGUUUUCACAAGCAGGACAAAUAGGAGCUUUGGUGUGUGUGACUUGCAUCUGGAAAAUAGCACUGAGGGAAGUUUAAGUUCCCCUCUCCAGCACCAUGACCCUGUUCCAGUUUUUGCCUGCUCCCUCCCUCCAGAUCAUGGGUCUCCUUCAUCUCCUCCAAUUUGGUCCUUGUGAUUUGUUAACAUUAGUGAUUUUAAUAGAGAUUUUAUUAUUUUUCUCAUUGGUUUUUUUGGGGGGGGGGGUAAGCCAUCUUGAACUUCUUUGAAAAUUAGGCAAGGCUCCAUUUUCAGAAAUCCUAAAGGCAAGAGAAGAAGAACCAAAAGCAGCCAAACUUCCACAUCUUUUUCUGGGAAUAGUUCCUCUUCAGCUCAGUAUCAGCCUGCCUGUUUAAUCCAAGCUGCUCUGUUCUCAGGGCUGGCCCUACCAUGAAACAGCAUGAGGGUGGCGCUUCAGGUGGAAAAUAUUGAAGGGCAGCAAGCCCUGUGCUGUGUGCAUGUGCUGUGCAACUUGUCCUGCAGCCGCUUAACUAAGCCACUGCCUUGGGGUGCACUGGAGGAUGUUGAAAUAAGUUUCUGUGGUCCGCUGAGCUUUUGAACCUCGAAUGGGACUGGGAGGAGGCAAUUUCUCACCCUUUCCUUCAGGCAGCAAAAUGUCUUGGGCCAGCCCUUUCUGUCCUCCUCUUGACUCCAUCCAGGCUUACAAACACCCAGGCAGAGGAGGAGGAGAACAGUGAUGGUGGCUGCAAGUACCUAAGUUAAGAACAUCACCAGCAUCAUUUCUUACAUGUAAAAGCACCAAAAAUGUCCCAGGCACAUCUGUAGUUAGAUAAAAGUACACAAGCCCCGUUCUCAGGAGGCUGUUUCCAUUCCACAUUGCUGUUUUUAGAGUAGAAUUGCUGCAUUUCACAUCAUAAUCUAUGCAGUUUUGAAACUGACAAAGUAAUUGUUCUUUAUUAAUAGGUUGCAUGUAAUUACAGUGGUACCUCGGGUUAAGUACUUAAUUCGUUCCGGAGGUCCAUUCUUAACCUGAAGCACCACUUUAGCUAAUGGGGCUUCCUGCUGCUGCCGUGCCGCUGGAGCACGAUUUCUCUUCUCAUCCUGAAGCAAAGUUCUUAACCUGAAGCACUAUUUCUGGGUUAGCGGAGUGUGUAACCUGAAGCGUAUGUAACCCGAGGUACCACUGUACUGAAUAUGUACUUUUUUGGCCAACGACCUGUGAAACAGGCAAAGUACACCAUGAAAUGAGCAUUUUGUGCAAUAUAAAUAAGGGGCUGCUUUCUGGCUUUUCGGUCCAUUUUGUUGCCACUUAUAUUCUUAGGAGCACAAAAUUGGACUGUGAUAGUACAGUUGAGUAGGAUUUUAUGUGCCGUAACUUUGCUAUCCAUUUAAUUAGCAUUCAUUUGUAAUGUGUUAUGCAAGGUUGUUGUUUUUUUCUGGCCUGGACAUUAUUGAAAGGGUGAAUGUAUAUUUUUGAGGGGGCACCCCCCGCAAGUUUAGCCAUAAUUCACCCCAUGAGCAGUUCUCUACUUCCCAUAAUACUUUUUUUCUAUCUUAGAAUCAACUUUGGUCUACAAAAUAACUAACUCAUUACUACCAUAAGGCACUUACUGUAGAAGUAGAGAGAAAUAUUAAUUGUACACAGAAAGUCUUACAAUAUUAUAUGUUAUAUAUUUUAAACAUGUAGGUAUUUGAAAUGCUGGUUAAUCCUGGAGACACGGUCCUUUUAGAUGCGCCCACCUAUCCCGGGACACUGGCAGCUGUGAGUAUUCCAUCAUUCUGGAAACCUAUGACAGUGGCAAGUGCUGGUAUAGUUCAGAUCUUCACCUAAAAACAAAUGGGGUGGAAUCUACACAUAUAUUUUUUAAAGAAACCUCUGAAAAUGCUUUUUGAAAAAACGUUUUUAAAAAUAUAUUGAAUUUUGCAUUAGCUCACUAGCACCAUCUAGUGUCACAUUUGCAUAAUGCACUUAAAACACACUAAGACAUUAUAUUAGCAGCUGUAAACUUGAGUCCUUGGUUUGACUCUGACUGCUGCUUAACAGUGGGCUAGAGAGGUUUUUUUUAACCCUUUUCUGAACUCUAGACACAUGGGCCACAUCUGUACUAACCUUUUAAAGCACAACGAAACCACAUUGUAAAAGCCACAGCUUUGUAGUUUUGUUAAGGGUCCUGAGAGUUGUCCCUUUCCCUACUACAUUCCCAACAGACCCUGGGAAGAGGAAUUGUUUAUUAUUAAACCACUCCAGGUAAUUUUCAUUGAGACAACAGCACAUAGGAUCAGGAGGCUGCUGUACUUCUUUUGAAAAUCCUUCCAGCAGCUGUUAUUGGCCUCUGGAGGGAGUCACCCAUUCAUCCCAAUGGGAGAUUUUCUUUCAGGCAUAAUUGCAACCAAAGGAUGGUGGGGGCAGAAUUUCGUCAUAUUCACAGUGGGUUAAUAAAGGUUAAACCUCCCCUUGCCACACACUGCAGUCCUAAUGAAAUCCACCCCUUUGGCUGCUAUUGCUAUUUUUAAAAACCCUGACAUGGUUACUGGAGACACAUUUGGUCUGGUAUCCUGUAUACACUUGUCUAUAGGAAUAUAAGAAGCUGUGUUAUGCUGAGUCAGGCCAUUGGCCCAUGCAGUCUACUCUGAUUGGCAGCAGUUCUCUGGAAUUUCAGGCAGAGCAGGUUCCUAGCCCUGGUCAGAGAUGCUGGGGAUUUCACCACAGACCUCCUGCCUGUGUCCACUGGGACACAGACCUUUUCCGUUGAACUUAUUUCUGAGUAGAUUUGCGCAGGCCUGUGCUGUUAGCAUCACAUCUGGUUUCUCCACACAUUCCUGUUCAUGGGAGGGACUGUGUAGCGAUAACUAAACAGCGAGUUUUCAUGUGCAAAAACUGGCUUUGCGGCUCUGUAGUUUUAAACACGUGCCUCGUGCGUUUAGAUGAAAUACAGUAAUGUAUAAUAGCCGUAGAUGCCUAGAAACACUGGAAUAAAUCUUGUUCCUGCCAAUAUUACAUACAACAGUUCAGCCUUCCCUGAUUCUGCAAAUCAUUGUGGUGUCUGGAUGAUUUAUGGUUCGACUUAGUGUGUUGUUGGCAAUAUUUUUUCAUUAUCCAUUCCGGGAGGGGGGGGCACUAUAAAACUUAAAUGCAGCUGCAUUUCAUUUAUGGCCUAAUAAAUGAAGGGCUAGUUAGUGCAGAAAGAGAAAUUGCAGACUCUUUAUUUUAAACCUCAGCUAUAACUGCCCACACCUUUGUAUUUUCCUCUGGUUGCUCUAUUAGCAUUAUUGAAAUUUCAGGCCUGUUUCUGAAUACCUUGCGUUUUGGAGCAAUUAUCCUUUCUUUUGUUGAGGCAAGUUAUUUAUGGUUCCAGCAGUUUCACCCGAUCGGGAAUGAGAGAUAAGACUAUGAACUGCUUUUCACAUUAUGUGAUAGAAAACCCAGCUUUGCUCCCAAACUUUACACGUAAGAGGAAACUGCGUCCAGUUCUGGGUCUCAGCUGUCUCUUACGUUUGUGUAUCGUAUUCUUAAGUUGUACAUUUAAAAAGUGUUAAGAAUGCAUCUAUAAUGUGUGCCAGAGGUGAGCAGGGCCAGAGGCAAAAGUGAAUGAAGUAACGUGCAAAUUUCACCUUUGUAGUGUGGACACAGGUUUGUACACACAGUUGCCACACACCACUGUCUAACCUCCAUCCAGACAAGCAAGAAGCAUUAAAAUUCAAGGUCACGUUCCAGACAAGCCCAAACUGUGGCCUAGGGAAUGUUCUGAGGGCCAGAUAGAGAUGCCUAGAAGACCUGAGGUUCCCUGUGCCAAUCUAUAACAUUUAAAGCGUGGCGCAACCAUGCAAGCCAGGUUACGUGUGACAGUUGCGUCUCCAUGUCGUUGCCAUUUUUGGAAGGGAUGCGAUAAAACUCUCAAAACCUGAAAGGUGAACCUCUCCACAUGGACAGCUUGGUGUGCUUUGUUUGUUUAUAUAGAGAUUUUUAUAUGGUUUUCUGGCCUGUAAAUCAACCCUUAUGUUGUUUCCAUGUCUCACCCCUGUCUCAUUUGUUUCAUAGAUGUUCUCAUUACUACUGUGGUGGCGAGCUGGUUAUUUUUAGUUAUAAAAGCUUGCAUUCUUGGGCAUAGAAAAAAUUGGUGGUACAAGGUUCAUUUCGAAACUGAGUACGACCAGACCGCAAAUCAGUUGUAUAGCAGGAUAUGCUAAAAUGCUCAAAAAGGCCAGUAAGCAUGCAGAUUCACUUCCCUGUGAUACAUGAACACAUUUGGCUGCGGUUCUGUGCACAUCUAUUAGGAGUAAGCCCCACUGAACACAGCGAGACAGACUUUUCACCUCAUAGCACCCUCAACUGUUCUAAGUAGAUCUCCUGUUUCUUGACGAUCUCUGUCUAUUCUCCCUCACAACACCUUAUUCCAGGGAUGCCCUCUUAGAAUACAUAUGUAGCACCAUCUCUAGGUCGCUCCAAUUGCUUCCUCAAAACACAAUUUCUGUGAUUCCCUUACUUCAUCGUUUACACCCAGUAUGCAACAAAAUCUCAGCUAGCUGCAUUUGCUCACAAAGGUCUCUUGUUGCCCCUGCUUUUCCCGUUCCCACCACUCCACAGUAAUAAUUUAGACGGGAAGUAGAUGUGGGGGUGCGAAAUGCUCUGUGUCUUUUUUGCUUAGGAAGUAUAUUGCUAUAUACACUGAUGUUUCUUUUAAUGGACAAAUGAUUACAAAAGGUAAGCUAAAGAUUAAGGUUUGAAUCAACUUCUGCUCAUGAACGGGUCAACAAGUUUUCAAGCUCCACAAAACCACAAAGUGCUACAAAGGAUUUCUGCUUCUGCAAGAGAACUUCCCUUUUUCCUCCUCUCCCUGCUCACUCUCUGUGCCAUCCACAAAUCUGUGCCAGAAGGCUGAAGGAACCCCCAGAGCAGAAUUAAACUCCUUGCUCUAGUGAAACUACUUCACAGGAUGCCAUCCUAUAUUUUAUGGUCUGUUCCAUGUGAUUUAAAUCCUCGGUUUCACUAUAUACUUUAUGGCAGGCAAACUCCGGCUCGCCAGAUGUUUGGGACUACAGUUCCCAUCAUCCCUGACUACUGGUUCUGUUAGCUAGGUAUGAUGGGAAUUGUAGUCCCAAACAUAUGGAGGGCUGGAGUUUGCCUAUGCCUGCUUUAUGGUGUUCUCCUCCCCAACACCAAGUGUACAUGCAGCAAACAGAGUGUGAUACCAUGUGUGAUCAAGCUGUGAAAAGAUGGAGGAAAAGAGGAAAAAUGUAAACCCAAAAGGUGAUCAGCUGUUCAAGAAUGAGCUUUCAGUGAUUCUUAAUUAAUCUGCUUUCUUAAAGAUAGGCUUCCCUUACAUGACAGCUAGUGGGAUAUGGAAAUUAGGCAGUGUAAAGAUCAUUUUUUGAUUGGCAGCAGGGAUGGGAAACCUGUGGCCCUUGAGAAAUUGCUGGUCAUUGACCAUGAUUGCUGGGGCUGAUGGGUGUUGGAGUCCUACAGCAUAUGGAGGGCCACAGGUUCCCAAUCCUCAAUUUAUAGGUAAAUAGGCACCAUUAAAAUGCUGUAGCAUGUGAUGCAAAAUGUCUUGCUUAAGUAAACGCUCUUCAUUCUUGUUGUCUUCUAUUAUAAACCAGCUGAGGCCAUUGGGCUGCAACAUUGUCAAUGUUCCCAGUGACCAACAUGGCAUUAUUCCAAAAGCCCUGAAAGAAGUUCUUUCCAGGUGGAGCCCAGAAGAUGCCAAGAAACCUAACAGCAGCCUCCCCAAAUUUCUCUACACAAUUCCUAACGGUGGCAAUCCUACUGGAGCCUCACUAACGACAGACCGCAAAAAAGAUAUCUAUCAGGUAUAUUCAUUAAAUGCACAUUUAAUGUCACUGCUCUGGCAAAAAAAAAAGUGGGGGAGGUGGUUUCACAUCACGCGAACCUGCUGGAUAUUAUGUCUCAGGUACUAGCAAAAAAUUGACUAAUAAAGAACAUAGUGGAGAACAGACCUCUAUAUUACAGGGACUCUUGGGAGAGGUCAGUGGAUUUUGGUACAUUCUCUUCACAGAGAUACAGAAAUCUUCUCAUCUGUAGUGGUUGGUGGGUGGAGAGGGACACUUACCGUAUUUUUUGCUCUAUAAGACUCACUUUUUCCCUCCUAAAAAGUAAGGGGAAAUGUGUGUGCGUCUUAUGGAGCGAAUGCAGGCUGCGCAGCUAUCCCAGAAGCCAGAACAGCAAGAGGGAUUGCUGCUUUCACUGUGCAGCGAUCCCUCUUGCUGUUCUGGUUUCUGAGAUUCAGAAUAUUUUUUUUCUUGUUUUCCUCCUCCAAAAACUAGGUGCGUCUUGUGGUCUGGUGCGUCUUAUAGAACGAAAAAUACGGUAACUGAUCUCCCAUCCCUGGCAUUGGGGGGCAGCAGAGAGAUCAGUGCAGUGAAUAAUCACUCAUAGGAAUGCCAUAUGCAUUGGUUCCACCAAUUGGUUCCACCAGGGCAUUUGCACCAAGCCAAUCUUCCUGCUGUCUUACCCCCUUCCUCUCAGUAAGCCACAACAGCAGCUGUGAUGUGAUGUCAGGAAAGCACUGCUGACCACCACUGCCGCUGCCGCUGCUGCUGCUGCUAAGAUCCAUCUAUGUGGAAAUCAGACCCCAAAUGAACCCUCCGAGACUUAAUGUGAUUUCUGAGAGUAAUAAAAGUGGCAGUGCUGCCAGUAGAUGUGCUGUUUGGUCGUGAUUGUAAACACAUCAGUUUCUUAAUUCUAGGAGAGUUCAACAAGGUACGUAAUUUGUUUAAAGUCUAGAAUGCCUUGGGACUAGGUCAUUUGAAGCCCAGCCACCACCACCACAUCCAUAAGAACUUGCCUGGGCCUGAAGAUCAAACUGAGAAACAUCGUUCUCUGGCUUGCCAUGUUAACCACGCUGGCAGGUGCAAGGGGCAGGGCCCUUUCAGCAGUGGCUCCACACUUGUGGAUUUCCCUUUCCCAAUAGCUGUGCUUGGUUCCCUCUCUUGUUGCCUUUAAACAGUCCCUAAAAACUUUUCUUUUUCCAAUAGUUGUAUUGAUCUUAUUGCUGACCCCUCCCCCAUAUAUGCUUUUAAUCCGUUACAUACAUACAUAUAUAUAUAUAUAUAUAUAUAUAUAUAUACACACAUACAUACAUACAUACAUACACACACACACACACACACACACACACACACAAACACACACACAUUUGUUCAGUUGUUUUUGGUUUUAACAUGUUUAUUGUAAAUUGCCUGGUGAUGGAUCAUCCUCAAAGAUGGGACAGAAAUAUAUGAAAUGCAUGUUCUGUGGCGCCAAUGUGGUUGGGAUGUAAAAAGGGUUUUCUUUCCCUCUUUUAAGUUCCAUAUUUAUGUACUCAAGCAAAUACAAUUUUUAGAAGAAAUCUGUUGCAUGUGGCUAAUGACUUGCCCAAUUAACAGAUAUACUUUUAAAUCUGUGAUUAAAGCAUUAAACACACUCAUUUAGAGUCUGGCAUACUCCACUCUGAUCCUCCUGACUUCCAGCCACUCGAGCCUGAAAGCGUAUAUGGAUUGCUGCUACCCAGACCAAUUUUCUUAAUUAGCUUCCAUGGAAAGUGCUAACCUGCAUCCAUAUGCUUUUGCAUGCCCUCUCUCCAUUGGAAUUAAUUAGAAUCCCAGCAUUUUCAAGAGAUGCGGGUGCAUGUGAGAAUGCACACAGAUCUUAGGAUCAGGGCAAAAAUCUCCACUGCUUAUUCAUAAUUCCAUUUGAAACUAAGUUUGGAUUGACCUGACACACCUGAAGACUACUUUGUGUGAUGGUGUAAUGGCUUGAAGGGGAACCAUUUGGGGAACAGAAUGUUUCUGAUUUGAUUAAAUAUUUUAUUGCACGUAUGUGUCAGUGGGUUGUUGUUUCUCCCCCCUUUCAGCUUGCAAGACAAUAUGAUUUCCUUAUAAUAGAAGAUGAUCCAUAUUACUUCCUUCAGUUUGAUAAAGUGAGUUUUCAAUUCUGCUGUGCGCUAGCAUAGAUUUUGCUAUCUCUUCUAACUUGCAUCCUGCUGAUACCACAUUACUGAUUGUAUUUUGAAAUGAUAUUUCCCUAUUCUUUCCCCACUAAGCGGAAAGUUAUGUUCUCAUCAUGGCAUUUGCAAAAGUGCAAAAAUAAAAGGAUGUCAUGUGCCUCAUUUUUUGCAGUAGGGAUGGACAGAUCAGUCCAUGUCUGGUUCAUAUCAGCUUAAUGUACAUUUAUUCAUGAGCCUGUUCCAUUCUGUUUACACAUCAAUAUACAUUUUUUGAAAUGCACAAAUUCACAUUAUUGAGCUUUUUUAUUUUGUAUACAAAAUACACAUAUUUUCACCUGUGGAUGACAGAGGUCUUGAAGUGGGCAGUACAGCUAUUCCUGCAGCUCACAGACAGAAACACUCAGAACUUGUGACAGAAUGCUUUGCUCCUUCCUUCCUGUUGAGGCUCAGACCACCACUGUGGUGUAGUGGUUAAGAGCGGUAGUCUCGUAAUCUGGGGAACCGGGUUCGCGUCUCCGCUCCUCCACAUGCAGCUGCUGGGUGACCUUGGGCCAGUCACACUUCUUUGAAGUCUCUCAGCCCCACUCACCUCACAGAGUGUUUGUUGUGGGGGAGGAAGGGAAAGGAGAAUGUUAGCCGCUUUGAGACUCCUUAAAAGGAGUGAAAGGCGGGAUAUCAAAUCCAAACUCUUCUUCUUCUUCUUCUUCUUAGAGCACAUCCUGUUUGGGAUCUCUCUCUACCUCUUCUUCCUCAGUUCCUCUUCUCCUUAUCCUUCACUUUUUUGCCUCUGGUCCCCUUCCUUUCUCUCUUCAUCAUUUGUGUCUUUUGCCUUUUCCUUACCUAUGUAUCCUAUUAGAUAGAUAGAUGAUAGAUAGAUAGAUAGAUAGAUAGAUAGAUAGAUAGAUAGAUGAUAGAUAGAUGAUAGAUAGAUAUACAGACAGACAGGCACGCGCGCACGUACACACAUCUUUAAAAAAACAUUUUUUUACCUCAUCCCUCUGUUGCCUUUAUCCUCCACCCAGCUGACAGAAAGGGCUUCAGUCUUCCAACUAGCUCUCCUGCAUGGGUAAAACUUGUCCAUCCUCGUGUUCCAAAGUGGUUUCUAGCAACAAAAAGCCCAUGGCUUGGUGGUAUUUGCAGUCAGUGCCCAGUCAUUUGGGAUUUUCUCACCAUUGGCACAACCCUUAUUUUUGGCCCCUGACAACUGGAAAGAAGAAAUCUUCAACCAUAUACUGAGUUCAAUGGCUCUGGCAAGUGGUGAAAAGCAUAACGGCCAUAGUAGCAGCUGGGAAAUGCCGUCCUCUCAAACGUUGCCAUUUCUCAUGCAGACAAACAAGAUGCUUUCUGGCAAUGAAGGCAUGAGAAAGAAUGUGGGACUCUGACAUCAGGGGCAUGUCUGUGUUGCUGCAUAAAUAGGUUAAAAACUAUGUACGUUUUAAGAGUUGGAGCCAACUAAGUUCUUCUUGGAGUAGAGUCAUUGAAAUGAAUAAACUUAAGCUAGUAAUGAUCUAUUCAUUUCAAUGGGCCUACUUUUAGUAGAACUAACCUUCCACAAUGUAUUAUACACCCCUCUUAUACUUCUGCUUAUAAAGCGCUGGAAUUCUUGUGUUAACUUUUACUAACUAACCUUUGUGUUCUUUCCACAAGCCUUGGGCACCAACAUUUCUUUCCAUGGAUAUUGAUGGUCGAGUUAUCAGGACGGACUCUUUCUCUAAGAUCCUCUCAUCUGGGUAAUAUCGGUUUUUCCUUUCUUGACCAUAUGCCCCAAAAUGGAAAUGCAAUGAUGUGGGUUCUGAGCUUGGGUUUUCCAGCCACACACUGCAGAAAGAACCUUAAACUAUUGAUAUAACCAUAGGGGACGCGGGUGGCACUGUGGGUUAAACCACAGAGCCUAGGACUUGCUGAUCAGAAGAUCAGCGGUUCGAAUCCCCGCCACGGGGUGAGCUCGGUCCCUGCUCCUGCCAACCUAGCAGUUCGAAAGCACGUCAAUGUGUAAGUAGAUAAAUAGGUACCGCUUCAGCAGGAAGGUAAACAGCGUUUCCGUGCGCUGCUCUGGUUUGCCAGAAGUGGCUUAGUCAUGCUGGCCACAUAACGCGGAAGCUGUACGCCGGCUCCCUCGGCCAAUAAAGCAAGAUGAGCGCCGCAACCCCAGAGUCAGCCACGACUGGACCUAAUGGUCAGGGGUCCUUUUACCUUUACCUUUAUAACCAUAAAAGAAAGACUGCAUCUCGCCUUCCCCAUUAAUUUUAUUUCACUUACUUCCCCCCCAUCUGCCACUCUGUCAUCCCUCUUGUCAGUUACUGAGAACUAAAUUCUGCUCUUUUCUAGAGAGUGCAAGUACAGCAAAUGCUAAGCAUUCACCUGAGCUGUCAAAAGUUCCUUAGCUAUAGGUGCUUGAACUCCUAGGUUCUUCUCCAGUUUCUGUAGUAUUGUCUCAUUUUCCUUCUACUUCCUCUCUCAUAAUUCUCUUCUAUGUAUUGAAAGUCACGAUAAAUGUCAGGAGCAAAGGAAGGUAUUCCAGCACAAAUGCACUGAAUUGUAAUUACAUAUUUAAAUGAUGAAAUGUUACAAUUUGAAUUAAUUGUUGUUUUUUUACAUAGACUAAGGAUAGGGUUUCUAACUGGUCCCAAGCCUCUCAUCGACAGAGUUAUUCUGCAUAUUCAGGUUUCCACAAUGCAUACCAGUACUUUCACGCAGGUAAGAGCCAACAAGGUUUCUAAAAGUAUAUGCAACAACUGUGGAAAGCUUCAUUGUAACAGCAUGAGGGUUGGGGCAGCUCCUGGGGUGUAGAUUUGUGGGGUGCACUGGGAGAGAGGGGGGACUAUUCCAUUGUGCAAUUCUGCAAGCAGAAAUCUUUACGCUGACAGAACAUUCACAUUGCACAAAUUGGAUACCAACCAAUGAGAAAACCAUUAUGUAAAAUUGUCCACCUUUUUUGUAAUUUCAGCAUAAUUUUCACAAAGUUUGCACAUGCAUGUGUGUAGAUAAACAAGUGUAAUUGUCACGUAUUAGCACUACUUUUAAUUUAUUAUUAAAAGUAAUUAUGAAUUAAGAGGGUUGAGUUUAAUUUAAAAAGACCUUUUAAGCGUUUGGAAUCUGUGGUGUUAAUUAACAACACAGAAUGUUAUGGGAACUAGAGCUUUUUGCAACUAGCCCCUUGUCGAUUCAAUUUCUAUUCCUUUGAGUUAGCAACAUAAUUGAGAAUGGUGGAAAGGGAAAUGGCAACACACAAGGGAGCGGUACAUGCAGUCUCUGCUUCUGGGCAAAUGAACACCGCUUAAAACUUACACAGCAACACUGGGCCUAAUCACUUUGACAGGGUUAUUCUGUAGUUGUGGAACACCUUAAGAACUGGGCAUCCAGAUUUAUAGAGAUCAAAAACCUUGGGGAGAGAUAAGAAUAGCUGUAUCAGGCUUACAGGCUCACCAUGCUGGCUUUAAUCUCUGUAAUAUAAUGUUGUUCGGAGUUAUGUAGUUUUAUUGGUGUGAGCCUCCCUGAGCUCCACUUGGGAAAGAAGGGUGAGCCAUAAAUGUGAAGCAAUAAAUAACUAAAUAAUAAAUUAAAGGGGUUAAAGGGAAUUUUGGAUGUAAUCUUACGUAACUUCCCUGACAGUAAGGCUCACUGGACUUACUUCUGAGUAAACACGGCAUGCAGGUUUUCCAAUACCUAGGCAUUCUAGCUUGUUUAUUAGUCUCUGCUUGAUAAGAUAUUUACUCUAAGCUUUACUUCCAUAGCUUAUGAUAGCCCAGCUUCUUCAACAAUGGGGACAAAAAGGUUUCUUGGACCACGUAGAUGGGUAAUGCGUGUAUAUUUUACAUUACUAUGUUGUUGUCAUUUUGUUUUCACGUUGGGCUAUUUUCCAGUAGCCCAAGGCUCCAUGCUUAAGAUUUUCAGGGAAACAUGAUUAGAAUCAGGCCUCUACUUCUAACAUUAUCAGACGUAACUGCUGCAUUUUUUAUACCAAGCAGGGCUGUACAUCAUGACCUUUGGAACGAGGGCAAGAAAUAAGCCACUCCAUGAGUGGCUAAUUAUAAACUUAAGGAACCGUGGAACUGCCAAGAAGGCUAGGGAUGUUAAGACAGCUAGUGUCAUCCAGUUUGCCUCACAAAGCAAUUUGUGUGCAGUGUCUAGCGCAGGCAAAUAAUUACUUCAUUGGUCCUACUUUUUGUAUUUUGUGCAUCGAAGAGCAUAUACUCCAGUAGCUGUGUUGCGAGACCAGCUUCAUUUGGCUCUUCCUUUCUAUCUAUCCAUGAAUUUCCAUUAGAGCUGGCCAGGUCAAGAGCUUUGUAACUCCAGGAACUGACGGUGUCCUCCAACUUCUGCAUUCUUUUCCCCUCUUCCUUUUAGGUCAUGUCUUUUUAAAUUGCAAGUUUAUUUGCGGUCAAGGUUGCCUUUUUUGUUACUGUUUUUAUUAAUCUUACAUAGGCUGCCAUGGGAACCUUUUUUUGCUGAAGAGGAAGAUAAAAAUACUUAAAUAACAUAGAACUGCCAUGGAAACAUAAAACAUGUAUUAUUUUACAACUGGCCAAUUAAUAGUACCAUUGGAAGAGCCUCACCUUGCCCCAGUACAGACACACACACACACUUGUUAAUAGCAUACUAUAGUGAGAAGCAUAUGUAGAGACCUACCAGGGGUGGGGGCGGAGUGUGAGCACAGUAUUACAUGGUGCCAGUAUUUGCAUACUUAAUGCUAUGAACAUUAAACAUUCAAAACGGUGAUGCGUACCUAUGCGCUAUUUACAUCUAUUGAAAUCUAUGGCACCAAAGAGGAUAUGCAUACACAAAGACCAGCCAUGUAGUUUUAACAUAUGUGCCCCAUGAGGACUCUUUACAUGUCACUCACCACUGGAUUUAGGGAUUUUUCUCUAAAUCACCACUAUCUCCCACCUGCCUGCCCCUAAAAAGCACUGACAAGAAAUUUCAUUUUGUGUGAUAAGCCACUGCACGCAGAUGAAUGGCGAGGGACUAAAACCAGCUUCCACAUUGCAGUCGCCAUUUUGUGUACACUCCAGCCCUCGGUUUGUAACAGAUUUCUGUUUCAUUUAUAAACUCGUACUCUUCGUUUUUGCUAUCAGAGUUUUAAUGAUGCAAAAGUUCUCUUGUUGAAAUGGCUUUUCCUCAAUGAUGUUUGUAUUCCAGUGUGGUGGACUUUUACAAGAAGCAGCGGGAUGUGAUGCUUGUGGCAGCAGAUAAGUGGCUAAAAGGUUUGAAAACAAGAGUAAUAUUUGAACUGUAAAUCAAUUGUUUUGUUCCUGUAUGUGCCAUUCAGGGCCGGAUUUAGGUUUGAUGAGGCUCUAAGCUACUGAAGGUAAUGGGGCCCUUUAUAUGUCCAGCUGUCCUUUGUCAACAACAAAUUAUUGCUGUUUUUUGUGUUGAAUAUAUGCUAUAUGGUAAUUUAUGGACCUAAUAGGUAUCUAAAGCUGUUCGCACAUAACAAAAUAUGUAUUUUAUCAAAGUAAUUGAUACAGAAAUGAGCAAACCAGUAAUAUUUUAGGGAGCAGGCUAGCAAGCGGGGCCCAUUACUUACAUCAUAGGUGCCUAGACAACACAAAACACCGUUGCUGUAUGUAGGUUUUAUUUUAUUUGUUUUUUAUUUUAUAUUUUAGAAAUGUGCAUCCAGUUUUUUUCCCUUUAAAUUUUUGGGGGGGCCCUAAGCUAUAGCUUGUUUAGCUUAUAUGUAAGCUAUAUGUAAAUCCGGCACUGAUGCCAUUGCGAGCCAAUGUGGUGUAGUGGUUAAGAGCGGUAGAAUCAUAAUCUGGUGAACCGGGUUCACGUCUCCGCUCCUCCACAUGCAGCUGCUGGGUGACCUUGGGCUAGUCACACUUCUUUGAAGUCUCUCAGCCUCACUCAUCUCACAGAGUGUUUGUUGUGAGGGAGGAAGGGAAAGGAGAAUGUUAGCCGCUUUGAGACUCCUUCGGAUAGUGAUAAAGUGGGAUAUCAAAUCAAAUUGGUAGGGGAACUUCAGGCUUGGGGGCUGGAUAUGUUCCAGGCCACACUCCUCCGCAGCCCUUUCUGCACCUUCAUCAGGUGUUUAUACCUGGCUGGAAUGUGUCCUUCAACUCUGAUAAUGCCUCUUUCAUUCCCUGGAGGUGGGAUAGGAAAAAGUGUGUCAAUGUAUGUAGAAACUAGCCUACUGUACAAUGGUAAAAUUUAUAUCCAUUGCCCUGCCCACUUUUGCCUCAUGUCCCAUCCUUAGUGUCAUGUGGCCCUUAGCAGAUUGCCCAGAAGGGAAUGUGCCUUCAGGCAGAAAAAAGUCCCUCACCCUUCCUAUAUGUGAUAGAUGUGUACUGCAAAAAGGAAGGUAACAUAGGGAGGAAGUCCAUAAUUUCCCUCAUUUGUUCAGAAAAGUAUAUGAGAAGAUGUGCACAGCAGAUGGCUUAAGAGCAGCUCAUAAGUCUUACAGUAAAUCAUCACAGAACGUAAAAGAAACCCAAACUUGUUAAAGAAGAAAAGUUACGUUAUUGCAUGAAAGUUAGGUUCCUACAUGUUUCCUUUCCCUGACUGUUUUUCUCUCUCUCUCUUAAGGCCUAGCAGACUGGCAUUCACCUGCAGCUGGAAUGUUUCUAUGGAUGAAGAUCAAGGGAGUUUCUGAUACACAAGAGUUGAUAAUGAAGAAAGCUUUGGAGAAACAAGUAUGAAAAUCUAUACUAUCCUAGGCCUAAAAUGAUGUUGGGAGAGAGGGAGGUAAUCAUAGUUUUAACAGUGUCUAAUAUUCGAAGAGGCAGAAUAAGCUUACGAACUGAACGUGAAAGAUUUGUCUUUAGGUGCUGCUGGUUCCUGGAAGAGCGUUUAACAUUAACAGCUCCGAUCCCAGCUCUUACGUCAGAGCUUCCUUCUCGCUUUCCUCUCCAAGCCAGAUUGAUCAGGUGAGUGCAGUCUUGCUGUGCCUGCCAGCUUGUCAACUCUUUGGUCAGAUUUGCUAUCAUUCAGCCUCCUAUCAUCAUUGUCACUACGGCCAGACUCACAGGUGCAAGUCUGGGGCCCUGCAUCACCCAGAGAGCCCUGUGAAGUCCACACACUCCCCUGAGGUCUGUGGAAACUUGGCCCUUCAGAGAGAGGAACAUUUGGGAACAGUGGCCAAGGGUUUGACCUUCAAAGGAAGGAGCUCAAAGCAUUCCUGUUUGGUGUAGGAAUGUUGCCAAAUCAGCUAAUUUAGAAAUAAAGCAGGAAGGUCCCUGUCCAAGCAAACAUGCCACAGAAGGUCUGUACACACUUCCUAUAUCUAGCUCUGGACCAUGAGAGAUAGACAUGGGGCCUGGAGGGAGGAGGUAUGGAAAGUGCACAUCUUCCCGUUCCUUGUAAUGCUGCCUUCACAUGUGCUCAUGAGUCAAAAUAGUCAGAGCAGAAAGAAUAAAUAGGGCUUUGUUGAGACUUGUGUGGCAGACCCUGAACCCACACUUGAAUGGCUCCAAUCCUAACCAGUUAUCAUUCUUAUUUAUUAUUGCAGGGUUUUCAGAGGUUGGCUGAGCUCAUCAAAGAAGCCUUAUGAUUUUACCAAACGAAAAAUCCUUGAUAAGCUAAAGAAUCUACGGUCGAAACUCCAGCCUUUUCGAACACACUGGGGUUUCCCAACUGUGCACAGCAGGGAGAGCCGUUGUGGGGGACCUCCAGAUGUUGUUCGACUAUAACUCCCAUCAGCUCCAGUCACCAUAGCCCAUUGGAUGAUGGGAGUUGUAGUGCAACAUCUGGCGGGCAUCCCAUUGGCUACCUGUGGUCUGCAGAGUAUGCUGUGACGUAAAAUGCACGCCUUUCCCCUCAUGGUGGUGCUGCUGUUUUCAGGCUGUCCAUAGCAGAUAAUAAGGUGGGGCUGCAGUAUUCAACUGAGCUUCAUCCAACAGAGUCGCUGCAGCAUGCAGAGAGCGAGAGGGAUGCAGUGGCAAGGUUGGUGCAGUGUAAAUUUUCCAGUGCAGCCAAUUCACCAUGCCAACCUGGCCACUGCCACACAAACCUCCCUCUCUUCAUCCCAGUGUGCUGCAGUGACUCAGUCAGACAGAGGAGCAGUGCACCUAAAGUACCCCAUCUGCUGCUAGAGGCUGUAUAUUGACAUCUUGGAAUAUUGGUUAGAAGAGUUUGGAUUUGAUAUCCCGCUUUAUCACUACCCAGAGGAGUCUCAAAGUGGCUAACAUUCUCCUUUCCCUUCCUCCCCCACAACAAACACUCUGUGAGGUGAGUGGGGCUGAGAGACUUCAAAGAAGUGUGACUAGCCCAAGGUCACCCAGCAGCUGCAUGUGGAGGAGCGGGGAAGCGAACCCGGUUCACCAGAUUACGAGUCUAUCACUCUUAACCACUACACCACACUGGCUCUGGUUAUUCAGGAAGAUCUAAAUUAAGCUAUGGCUGAAGUGUUGCCCUCAAUGAGUCUUGCUAAUUUUUGCUAGAUUGAAAUAGUUAAUAAAACAACGCCCCCUUUUGUGUAUCAACAUGUUUCCCCCAGAAUUUAAUGAGAAAUUAUCUUUAAACCAUAAUAGCCCCCAAACUUUAGUAGAGAUGCCCUGCAUCUUCUCCAUCUCUCAUCCACUGAACAAAAGAGUCCGAAAGUAAUAAGGAAAGAAGUAGCAAGAACUGCUAAGAAGCGUGGCUGCAGCCACCAUUUCAUGGCAUCCUCCCAGAAUUUACAUUCAACUGAUCAAAUACCCAUUUCCAAAUAAAUAGCUGCACUCUCCAUGCAGAAUGGCAAACCCGCUAUCUGUCUAAGGAAAGCAAGCAGAUUGAACUCUUUCCACUUGGCAGUGAAUCCCUGAAAUCAAAAUGGGAAUGGCAAAAGUAAGUUGGGCCAAGGACCUUCUUAUGAGUAAACAUGUAAAGGAUUACACUAUAAAUUAUAUCAGUGGUUCUCACUGGUGUGGCAGGAGAGAAUGGCAAGUGUUGCGGGAAGAUUCAAGGAUGAUCAAAGAAACAUUUAAACAUUUAAGUGUGGUAUAGUAGACUAUCAAAAUAAUUUGUUUAAAUAAUUUGUUUAUUAUUUAUAUUCACAGAUUAUGGAUAGAUAUUUUUUUCAAAAUCAAGCAGUGCUAGAAGUUGUUACUUUUUGUUUUCCAAUGUAUUUCUUAUCAAUAAAAAAUUCAGUGUGUCAUGAGCAAUUUUUGAUUCUGACCCAGACAAAAAAGGUUGAGAUCCAUUGAACUACAAAAAUGAAGAUGAAAGCUACUUCUGCUGACCGCAUGAUGCAGAUUAUAGUAAUGAUAGCCAUCAUAUUUGUCCCUGUUUCUGUUCAGUUUUUUUACAUAAUAUAUAACAACCGUGCUAAAAGUAUUUCUCAAUGUUACUAGUUUUUUGAUGAUAAUAUAUAUGAUGGCCACACUACUAAAAUGAUUUCUCAUUGUCAGUUGCCAAGAAGAAAUGGUCCUUACUACUCUACACAGAUUGACAUUGUUAAUUUUCUGAUGUUCCAGAAGCGCCUGUGAGGUUUUCUCAUGGUUGUUGUUUUUAAUAAAAAGUUUAAUAUUAACUCUGAAAAGGGAAAAGUGCCUUCUCUUGGUAGAAUAUCUAAGGCCUUUAUGAAGCAUUUAUGAUCACAUGAUUAAGUGGAUUGAUUAUAUCUGUUAUCUGGGAGUUUGCUUUCCUGAAAUCUGCAAUUGGAAAGUAAACGUUCAACUUCUUAGACUGAAGGUGGAACAGGCAACCAGUGGGGUCCUAAAGUUCUUUCCUAAUAUCGAAGUCCUCAAACAAUCUCUGACUGUUCUAACUGAUUUUAAUACUGUAUUUUUCAUUGCUAUAACCAGCCCUGAGACCUCAUGGUGAAGGGUGAGUGAGAAAUAUAAGAACAAUAAUUAACUGAUCAUGGCUUAAAGUGCAACCUUGGGGCCCCUCUGAUCUCAACUGAUCUGCAAAAUUCUCAGAAAAGAAUCCUUAGAGCAAUUAUGGGUGCCCCUAAAAAUAUUCGUUGGAUUCUUCUCCUAUAGACUUGGGAAUCCAUUUAUUCUUGCAUUUUCAAUAAUUGGAUUAGAAUUCUUUCAAAGACUCAGUUUUGUUGCUAAGAGCAGAAUCUUCUCAGUCUACUGAAGAAUUCUCUUGGCUGAAUACAUCUGGGAAGCUUGUGCUGAUUCAUAAAUGUUAUUUUCUAGGCAGGGGCAGACAGAGGACAUAGUCAGCUAACAGUGGUUAAACAAAUAUAUUUUUAAAGUGAAUAAAAUAGGUCUUGGCACAGACUGAACUGUCUGUGUUAUCAAACGUCAAAUCAACCCCACUGGUAUUACUGACCAUAAAAAGUAUUUUACUGACAUUAUAAAUUCCCUUUACGGAAGGCUCUGAUCCUUCUCCGGUUCCAAAAGAAGCUUUCUGCAAUUUGAAAUAGUCAUUAUGGGGACAUUCCUUUUAAGUAGUGAGAAGGAGGGAGCAGACAAUUUAGCUAAAAUCGCACAAAGUGAUAACCUGCAACAUUUACUUGCUGACAUUGUUUUGGGGUGGAAUCAGCAAAUAUUUCUACUAGAAACAUAUGUAUUGAACUGAAAAUGUGCCUUUGCAGCAAAGUUUGCUCAUCAUUUUUCCUGAGCUUGUAGUGGAUAGUUUUAUUGACAGAUGAUAGCAUAGAUUGCAUGCUAUGUUUUUAUCAAAUUAUUGGGGUUUGGUUAUUAUUAUUUAUAGCCCUUAGUUAAUAACAAUACUUUGAGGGUAUUGUGCUAUGUAAUUUUGUGUUUUUAUAUUGUAAGCCGCCCUGUGAUCUUCGAAUGAAGGGUGGUGUAGAAAUUUUUAAUAAUAAUAAUAUAAAUAAAUUAAUAAAUUAUUAUGUUAUCAAAAUGCACCCUGCAUAUAGCAACAUUGUACUUAAGACUAAAGAACUGAAUCUGUUUUAAACUGAUCUCAUUUUAUAAUCUCCCUUUCAUGGGCUGAAUCGUUAAAACAGUUGUAUCCCAUAAAAAGAGAAUAAAGCUUUGAAAUGAUAA